AUGCAGCAAGCUAACGCACCAGGAGACGGAAGAGAGGAGGGGGCCAGACAAGGAGCCCCCCCGGUGUUUCCCAUCCUCAGCAGCCAGUCAUCUGCCGGGCGAUUUGAUGUCUGCAGCCGCGAGACACAAGACGAAGAUGGGCACCCUGCAGCCAGCCAUACAGGAGAGAGAGCGGCAGACGGCACGCCAGACAGGGAGCUGCGUCUUCCUGUACAGCAAUGUACGAAUGUCUCUAAGUGUGCAUCUGUACGAGCAUUGUAUUCAUGUACCAGCCAGGCCCUAGUCGAAUUCGAGCGAGACGAGACGAGACCCAGGAAAAGAAAAGAAAAGAAAAGGAGAAAAAAAAAAAUUGGGCCUGGGAGAGACGAGAGAGAGAGCCAGAGCCAGAGGAGACCCAGAGAGAGCCAUCGGAUGGGCCUGGGGGAUCCACCGUCCGCCCGUCGAGCUCCUCGAAGCCAGCUAGAUUCAAACGGAGUUUUCUUGUAG